GACCGCCAUCCCGCAACAGAGACGCCGGAGCUGUCCGCGACCGAAUCGCCUCGAUGCACGCAGUCCGCGCCUUCUGCUGCGCAUUGCUGAUAGCCGCCAGCGCUGCCACGUCAUUCAACCGGCAAGAGCUGCCGAUGCACCGGCGCCUAGCAACGUCGAGCGUCGACCUCACCAACCACGACGGCACGCAGUACUUGGUCAACCUCGCGAUCGAAGGCAAGACGUACACCGUACAGAUUGACACUGGCUCGGCCGACCUCUGGGUCGCCUGCGACUAUGUCUCGUCCUCAGCAUGCGUAAGCCCAUGCCCGUCGACGGCUACGACCAUCACGUACGGCAGCGGCAGCGCGUGCGUCGUGCCCCAGAAAGGGUCCAUCGCGAUCGGCAGCGUCGCCUUCUCGAAUGGCGUGUACGGCAUCGCCAUGUCGAGCAGCGUUCCCACGAAUGUGAGUCAAGGCAUCUUGGGGCUGGCCUUCCCCGGCCUCUCGUCGUACGGGUCCUUCGCCAACACGUCGUGGUACGCAGUCUUCCACCUCGACAGCUUUAGCAUGUACUUGACGCCCAAAGUCGAUGCGCCGGGCUCCAAGCUUGUGCUAAACGGCGUCGACGACGCCAUGGUCGCCAAGGACAGCCUCGUCGGGUACACGAUCCCGCUCGCAACCGGCGAACAAGACUACUGGAACAUCAACGUCUCGCAGUUCCUCGUCCAAGGCGGCAGUGUCGCGUGGGACCAAAAGCCGUGCAAGAACGGCGGCUGCCUCGCCAUUGUGGACUCGGGCACGUCGUUCUUGGCCAUGCCCAAAGCCGUCUUCCAGCCCUUUGUCGCCACGUACCUCCUGCCAUACAACUGCGUCUUUCGAGGCGAGUACUACACGUGUCCCAAGACGAUCGCGCUCCCACGCCUCGCGUUUGCCUUCGGCGAGAGCGCGACGCUGUUCAACCUCAAUACGUGGGACUACGCGCUCGUCUUCUCGCCGACCGAGAUCAUUGUGCAGAUCCAAGCGUCGCCGUCCGGACGCCUCGUCGACCGCUGGAUCCUUGGCGACACCUUUCUCAAGGUCUACUACACGACGUACAAGGUGUCGGAGAAGGCGGUCGUGUUCUACUGCAAAAGCGGCAACUGCGCGGGCGGCAACAACGUCCUCGAUUUUUCAGCGGACAUGCCAACCUGGGCGCUCAUUCUGAUCAUUGCGGGAUCCUCCCUUGUCGGCCUCGGGCUUCUUGGGCUGGUCGGCUGGUGCUACUACUACCGGCGCCGCCACGGCACGUCGAAGCGACCAUGUCAGUCGGUGUGGGUUGUCGAUGACGACUCGUCGUCCGAGGAGACGGGAGCGUCCCACGCCUACGGCGCAGCCUCGAGGUAGUCGCGACCAAGGGUAUAUAAGAGAUGCAUCUCUCACCCUCUUUGAGAUGCCAAGGUAUAUACCCUUGUCGCAAUGUGUCAAAUUUCAAAAUAGACACACUAUUUCUCGU